AUGGAAGGGAAAUUCACUAACUGGUCAGCUGAAAACGCAACCAAAGCAUUCCUCGAAACCUUAAAAUUGGGUAUUAAGAAGCCUAGUGAUGAGCCGGAUGUAUCGGAAUUCAUCUCAGCUAUAGCAGCAGGAAAUGAUGCACAACUUAUGGUUGUUACGUGUGGUGAGGACACGAGCCUAACUACGUUACUAGCCCUAGUGGCCGCGGCUCAUCAAACUGGAGGCCGUGUUGCUUGCAUAAUUCGCGGUGUAGAGGAAUUUCAAUCAACCAUGCAAGCCCUUGGGCAAGAUACCACAAACCUAAUCGAGUUUGUCAUAGGUGAUGCUGAGAGGCUAAUCCUUGAAGAGUUUAAGGACGCGGAUUUUGUACUAAAUGAUUGUAAGCUCAUGAACCACGAAGCAAUUCUUCGAGCAGUGCAAGUAAAUAGUGGUAGGAAGUGUAAGGGGGCUAUAGUUUUGGGGUGUAACGCAUUUUGUUCGAGUUCAUGGGAAUGGGCCGGGGUUAGGACUCAAUUGUUGCCUAUAGGAGAAGGUUUGUUAGUGACUAGAAUCGCGGGUGCUAAUGAGAUGAGAGAACGAGGGAAGGAUGGUCGUCGUGGGAGCUUUGGAAGGAAGAGUAAAUGGGUUGUUAAAGUUGAUCAUCAUACAGGAGAAGAACAUGUAUUUAGAGUUUCAUGCCCUAAUGAGGAUUAA